GUCAGUGGUCUGUCCCUCCGUGUGGCUCUCGGCACAGUUGCUUGGAACGGGUUGUGGGACGAGACUAAGUUGCUGGGGGAUAAGGCAUCGAUCUAUUGCUGCUGUGUUGCUCAGACGUGAGACAAUUGUUGCUCAGGUUGGCUGGGUGAACCAGCGUCUCCGACGCAAGUGAGGCGUUUCGCGAAGUUCCCCAGAGGACGCCAUGGAGCGACGGGGCGCUACCGCCCGUGCCGUGGCCACUCGCCUCUUGCGCAGGAAGCCCAUGGAGCAACCGGCGGGAAAGGACGACUCCAGCCUUGCGCGCUGCCUCUCCACCUUCGACCUGGUGGCGCUGGGUGUGGGCAGCACGCUGGGAGCCGGCGCGUACGUCCUGGCCGGCGCGGUGGCGCGCCAGGACGCCGGCCCCUCCAUCGUGCUGUCCUUCCUGGUGGCGGCGCUGGCGUCGGUGCUGGCCGGCCUGUGCUACGCCGAGUUCGGGGCGCGCGUGCCGCGCACGGGGUCCGCCUACCUCUACAGCUACGUGACCGUCGGCGAGCUGCUGGCCUUCAUCACGGGCUGGAACCUCAUCCUGUCGUACGUGAUCGGCACAUCGAGCGUGGCGCGAGCCUGGAGCGCCAACUUCAACGACCUCAUCGGGGGCCACAUCAGCGCCUUCUUUGGCCAGCACAUGGUGAUGGACGCCCCGGGUCUGGCUCGCUACCCCGACGUCUUUGCCGCAUUCAUCAUCAUGCUGCUCGCCGGGCUGCUCUCGUUCGGCGUGAAGGAGUCGGCCAUCAUCAACAAGGUGUUUACCUGCAUCAACGCUCUGGUGCUUACCUUCGUCAUUAUCGCCGGCUUCAUCAAGGGCGACACCAGUUACUGGCAGCUCUCGCCAGACGACGUGGCCAACCUCACACAGGCAAUGAAUGUCCCUGCAGGAUUGAACUCUUCGAGUAGCUUUGGAGUGGGCGGCUUCAUGCCGUACGGAGUGACAGGCAUGCUGUCGGGAGCAGCCACCUGCUUCUAUGCCUUUGUGGGAUUCGACUGCAUCGCCACCACCGGCGAGGAGGUGCGCAAUCCUCAGCGUGCCAUCCCCUUUGGCAUCGUGGCGUCGUUGCUGCUCUGCUUCUUGGCGUACUUUGGCGUGUCGGCCGCCCUCACGCUGCUCAUGCCCUACUGCCUGUUGGAUCCCAACAACCCGCUGCCCGUCGCUUUUCAGUUUGUGGGCUGGGGACCUGCACGCUAUGCCGUGGCAGCUGGCGCGCUGUGUGCCCUCUCCGCCAGCAUGUUGGGCAGCAUGUUUCCCCUACCCCGGAUUAUGUACGCGAUGGCACGGGACGGGCUGCUUUUCCGCUACCUGGCACGAGUCAGCGAGCGGCGGACGCCUGUUGCCGCAACACUCUCCGCCGGAUGCCUCGCCGCGGUCAUGGCCCUGCUCUUUGACCUCAAGGACCUGGUAGACAUGAUGUCCAUCGGCACUCUGCUCGCCUACUCGCUGGUGGCCGCCUGCGUGCUCAUCCUGCGGUACCGGCCGGACAGUCAGUGCAGGGAGGUGAUCGUGGAGAGCAUGAGUGGCGAGCAGGCCAUGAGCAAGUCGGACACGUUGAUGGGGCACAACUGCUCGCAGCUGUUGUUCCUCGCGACGUCUAUGGCGCACGGGCAGGUUGCUGCUGGCACGCCCGACCCCGUCCCGUCGGGGGUUGGCUGGCGGGACUUAUUUUUCCCACGUUCGCGCGUGCCUACCCAGCGCACCGCUCUCGUUGUCAACGGUUGCGUCGGGCUGAUCGCGGUGCUGGCGUGUGUUUUCAGCGGGCUGGCAGUGCGCGAGAUGAGCUCCAUGCUGCACAAGCCGUGGGUCGUGGCUUCGCUCUCCCUGCUGCUCCUCGCCAUUGGCGCCGCCACGCUGCUCAUCCACGCACAGCCACAGAGCAGGGCGCGCGUCGAGUUCAUGGUGCCCUGCCUGCCAGUGCUGCCCGUGCUGAGCGUCUUUGUCAACAUCUACCUCAUGCUGCAGCUGAGUGGCGGAACCUGGGUUCGAUUCUCCGUGUGGAUGCUCAUAGGGUUCCUCAUCUACUUCGGCUACGGCAUCCGCCACAGCGUAGAGGGGAAAGCCGCCGGUGAGCUGACCCCCAGCAGAGAUGGCCCUCCUGCCGUGGCGGCACACAAACCGCACUCCUCCUUCCCCUCGACGGCCGGCACAGCUGGCGCCCGCGGCGACGGCGCUUCGGAGACACGCGCCUAGCGCCUACGGCCUGGACACAGUCGGCUCCUCCGCUACGAUGUUAUAUACAAGAUCAGCUUCACUGAAUGCGUUUAUGCCGCGCCUCUUGUGCGGUACAUACCGAGGUGCCCCCACAGCAGGGGACCCCCCCCCCCCCGCUGGCAGCUGUCCCUGUGAGGACCGAGGUGAAUGCAACACCACCGGCCAGGAGAAGUGGGCAUUCGUUUUCUCGUAGACGGCGAUUGUUGCUUUGU